CUCCAGCCUUAUUCUGAAGUACUACUGUCCCGUGAUGCUCUUUCAUGAGUGAGAGUGGCGCGUGCGCGGUGGAAACUGGCAGAGGCCUCAGCGGUCCAGAGCUUGUUUGCACCCCGUGUUCCUCUCCUUGAGGCAUUUGAGCCCCCUGAGAGGACGGGAAGAUGAGUAGCUCUGAGGAAGUGUCCUGGAUUUCCUGGUUCUGUGGCUUGCGUGGCAAUGAGUUCUUCUGUGAGGUAGAUGAAGAUUACAUCCAAGACAAGUUCAACCUUACUGGCCUCAAUGAGCAAGUUCCCCACUAUCGCCAGGCCUUGGAUAUGAUCCUCGAUUUGGAACCAGAUGAGGAGCUUGAGGACAACCCUAACCAGAGUGACUUGAUUGAACAGGCAGCUGAAAUGCUCUACGGCCUCAUCCAUGCCCGCUACAUCCUCACAAACCGUGGAAUUGCCCAAAUGCUUGAGAAAUACCAGCAAGGAGACUUUGGUUACUGCCCCCGAGUUUAUUGUGAGAACCAGCCCAUGCUGCCCAUUGGCUUAUCUGAUAUCCCAGGGGAGGCCAUGGUUAAACUUUACUGCCCUAAGUGCAUGGAUGUCUACACCCCCAAAUCUUCCCGCCACCAUCACACAGAUGGGGCCUAUUUUGGGACAGGCUUCCCCCACAUGUUGUUUAUGGUGCACCCUGAGUAUCGGCCGAAACGACCUGCUAACCAAUUUGUGCCCAGACUUUACGGAUUCAAGAUCCACCCUAUGGCUUACCAGCUGCAGCUUCAGGCCGCCAGCAAUUUUAAGAGCCCAGUCAAAACUAUUCGUUGAUCUUCUACAUCCAGGUGCUCAGGGUCCUUCCCUGAUAACUCCCUUUACCCCAGUCAGGGAUGCUCAUACUUUGAUUUUGAUGAAGUCCCCUGCAGAUUAUUCUUUGUCACUCUCCAGCCUGAUUUUUAGUCUCAUUUCUGGUGUGUGGUUUAAAUUAAUAAUAAACAAUUUCUGUUAAUUCCCAGAAACACAGACUGUGACAGAAAAAUUCAAUAACCAACUUGAAUGUCAUGAUUUUGUGGGGCUUUUUUCUUUUAAAAAAAUAAAAUACAUUAAAAAUGUAAAAGAUGAGAAUU